UAUGGGCAAUAUGGGUGGUGGCAUGGGUGGAGGUAUGAAUAUGUCACCCAACAUGAAUAAUAACAUGGGCAUGGGGAAUUACGGGGGUGGGAUGAUGUCUCCGAAUUCUAACAUGGGUAUGGGAAAUAUGAUGGGAUCCGGUGGUGGGAUGAUGAUGCAACAACAACAACAAAACAUGGGGGUGCAACAACAAGCUAUGCGAGAAACUCAGUUAGCUUUGGUCAAUACAUUACUGAAAGGUUCGAUGAUUGGUUCAGGUGGUAGAAGUAGAAAUCUUCCUGAUGGUGGAAUGGGGCUGGGUAUGUUGGGUUCUUCUGGGCCGUUACCUUCAUUGCUGGAUAUCAAAACAAGUGGAAUUAAACGACGUUCUGGAUCUGAUGGUAUGUCAAACAUCGUUAAAAGAAUGAAGAAGGAUUCUGAUCGCUCCUCCAGAGGCAAAGACAGGAUCAUCCGCCCAAAUGACAGGAGAAGGCCACAGGGAAGUACCCCUUCUACUAAAAAACGGGAUCAACUCUACUCUCAAGGUCGUAAAGACCAAUCUUCCAAUAGAAGACAGCGUGAUACUUCAGCUAAGAAAAAGAUGGAAGAUGAUGAUGAAGAAGAGGAUGAGAUGUAUGAUCCUGCCGAGCCAACUGAUGAUGAGAUACAAUCCACUGAACACAGUAAUGGUGGUUUAACAGUAACUGUUGAUGGCAGUAGACGUUCAGUUACUGAAGACACUGCUAAGGACUCUGGUAGUGAUGGUGAGAAAGCUGAUAGUUCUGACAAAAAGUCUCAGUAUUUCUGUCAUGCCUGCAUUGUGGAAUGUUAUAACAACAAGAACUUUAAAAAUCACAUGCGUGGUACCAAACAUCGUUCUCGUAUGGAUGAUCUUGCUAAUUUACAUCAACAAAAGUCUUCACAGUUGUUUGUCCGGUUGAAAGCAGAAGAACAUUUGCGAAAUAUUGAAAAAAGAGGUGGUGAUCUUUUAAAGAAACAUUAUUGCAGUGUUUGUGAACUCAAUCUCAGUAUUCCUUACAAUAAACACAGACAGACUAAAGAACAUCAGCAACGUGUCCUUGAAGUAUAUGGCAACAAUAAAGUCAGUUCUGGGCUUCAGAGAAAGGGUCAUAAGAUGGAAGAAUAUUCUGAGGUACCAGAAUAUGAAGAAAACAAAACAUAUGGUCAGAAUUAUAUUAUUGCUGUAUCUGGUUAUUUUUGCAAGUUAUGUCAUAAAUUCUAUAAUAAUGAGAAUGCUGCGAAAAACACCCAUUGCCAAUCAAAGAGUCACUUCGAAAAAUUUGAGAAAAUCAUCCGUGAAAAGAUUGAAGCUAAGAAAAAGGCGGAAGCUGCUGAAGCUGAAAUGGAGAAAGAUGAAGACAACCCAAACAAUGAGAAUGGAGAAGAAAGAGAAAAUGUUGAUGAUGAACAUAUUGAAGAUGAUGAUGAGGAGGAGGAGGAAGAUGCUUGUAAAGAUGAUGAGGAUGAAGAAAUUAAAGAUGAACGCCUUGAAGCCGACAUGAAAUCAGAUGAAGAAAAUCAAGACUAUGAGGGAGAAUUAGAAAAGACUUUAAUAGAUGAAAGUAAAGAUGAAGAUACUAUUGUAGAUGAGGAUAAUAAUAUUGAAGACUUGGAAGAAGAGCUAGAGGAGGAAGUAAAUGAGGAGGUCGAACAUGAGGAGUGUGAAGAAGUGGAAGAGAGGAAAGAGGAAGAGGAAACUGCUGUGCUUGAUGAACAGAUUGAGAGGGUAGAGGAAGCUGAUGAACGGCCAGCAAUCGAAGAGGAGAUGGAAAGGAAAAAUGAGGUUUUCCCCAUUGAAGGAGAGGAAGAAGUUCCAGUUGUCAGUACAAAAACAAGAAGCCGAAGUAGAAGCCGGGGACGUGGUCGUGGCAAGGGAAAGAAAUAAUUUGCCAUUAUCACCACUACCAUGUCUCCUUUGAAAUAUUCAAGUCAUAACCAUUCAGUCAUUACACAUGCUCAUUUCACGCAUGCACACACACAUACAUACAUACAUACAUACAUAAAUAUACAUAUAUAUAUGUGUGUAUAUAUAUAUAUAUAUAUAGUCUCUUAUACUUCUGUUUAAUAUUUUGUUAGGACUGAGACACAGUUGUGCAUUAUGUUUUGUAAGAAUGUAGAUAGAGAAUAUGUUUCUUUCUUUCAUUGUCUAUUUAAAUUUUUUCUUCUGUUAAAUUUUUUAAAUUUCUUUUUUAUUCUAAUCUUUUUUUUUUCUUUACAUCUAGUCAAACUAGGGUGUUGGGCUUGUUGGGUAGCAGAAGUUUAGUCUUAAAGUGAGCAAUCAUUUUUAGUGGACCUGUAUGAUAUCAAAUUUUUAAUAUAAAGAUCAUAAAAGAAUUAUCACUAAUUGAGACCUACCAUAAAAUUGAUUUUGUUUAUACACACACAUGCUAAUUUUCAGAUUUUAAGAUAGCAACAUAAAUAUUAAAAUGAUAUUACUUUAUGGGUAUUUUCUUAAAAUUCAGCUGACAGAAACACAUAUCAAAUGGAAAUCACUGUUAUUGUAAGAAACAAACUAUUAAUACUAUUACUAAUUAACCCUUUAGUGU